AUGGCACCUUAUGAGGCCCUCUAUGGCAGGAGAUGUAGGACGCCUUUGUGCUGGUAUCAGGAUGGGGAAUCAGUGGUGGUGGGACCAGAGCUUCUGAGGCAGACUACUGAGAAGGUCAAGCUCAUACAAGAAAGAAUGAAAGCAUCUCAGAGCAGACAGAAAUCAUAUGCUGAUCAGAGGAGAAGACCUUUAGAGUUUGAACCAGGGGACCAUGUUUUCUUGAGAAUUACCCCGACUACUGAUUCUGAGAAGAUUGGACCAGUGGCAUAUGAGAUUGCCCUACCUCCUCCUUGGCCAACCUCCACUCAGUGUUUCAUGUCUCAAGCUCAGAAGUAUAUGCCUGACCCUUCCCAUGUACUUGAGAUGGAAGAUCUGCAGAUUAGAGGUCUUACAGUGGAGGUUCAGCCCGUUGGUUUAGGAGAUGUUCAGAUGAGGCAGCUCAGAGGGAAAUCCAUCAGACUAGUCCAGGUCAUUUGGGACAAGAGGACAGGUGAUUCCACUUGGGAAUUAGAAGAAGACGUGAGAAAGUCAUAUCCACACUUGUUCUCUGGUAAGUCUCAAUUUUCGGGUCGAAAAUUUUUGUUGUUGGGGAGAAUGUGA